AUGGAUACAAAAUUAAAGGAAGGAGGAGGAACCUCUAUUAAGUGCCCAAUGCUUACUGCAACAAAUUACACAGUUUGGGAAAUAAGAAUGAAGAUCGCGUUGAAGGUGCAUAAGGUCUGGGAAGCUGUGGAAGAAGAAGAGCCUAACGGAGAUAAAAAUAACAUGGCGAUAGCUCUUCUCUUCCAGUCUAUACCGGAGGUGCUGAUUCUACAAGUGGGUGAACUUAACACAGCGAAGAAGGUGUGGGAAGCUAUUAAAACGCGUCAUGUUGGCGCAGAGAGAGUCAAGGAGGCAAGACUGCAGACACUAAUGUCGGAAUUUGAAAGACUGAAGAUGAAAGACACAGAAAAAAUUGAUGACUUCAGCGGCAAGUUAUCCGAGAUUGCAUCAAAAUUUGCAGAACUGGUGAAAAAGUUUCUAACGAGUCUUCCACGGAAAAAGUUUAUACACAUCGUUGCCUCUCUUGAACAAGUACUUGAUCGCAACAACACAAAAUUUGAAGACAUCAUCGGCCGGUUAAAGGCAUACGAGGAGCGUAUUUGUGAAGAAGAAGAGCAACAAGAAGAUCAAAACAAAUUGAUGUAUGCAAAUUCAGAAUCACAGUCCACACACCAAAAUCGCGACUACAACAGAAACUAUCGGGAUUGUCCUGAUCGUCUCCUGAAACUCCAAGAAACCCAAGAGAAUGACAACACCGAUACACAAGACGCAGAUGAGUUGAUGAUGCAUGAGGUGGUAUAUCUCAAUGAGAAGAACUGCAACCCUGAGAAGUACGAGACACACACGGAUACUGCAGACAUAUGGUAUCUGGAUAACGGAGCCAGUAACCAUAUGACGGGAGAUCAACGAUACUUCUCUGUCUUGGAUAAUACAGUCACAGGAAAAGUGAGGUUUGGCGAUGAUUCGAAGAUUGAUAUAAAGGGAAAAGGUACCAUCUCGUUCACUGAUAUGAAUGGAGAAGCUAGAAGGAUGAACGAUGUGUACUUUAUCCCUAAUCUGCGGAGUAACAUUAUUAGCCUCGGUCAAGCAACAGAGUCAGGUUGUGACAUAAGAUUGAAAGAUGACUACCUAACGAUGAGUGAUCAGCAAGGAAAGCUUCUGGUAACGGCUAAACGGUCAAAAAAAUAG